AUGGAUCAAUGGCAGGGUUACUCAGAUACCCCCGGCGGUUCGCAGCGAAGGUACAACGGCAACACCCCCAUGACGGGCCAGCAACCACCCGCGGGCAUGAGGUACGAUCAGUAUGGCGCACAGAACAGCGCGACUUCUCCGUUGGCCACGCCGCAGCUACGUGAUGGCAACGGCGACGUCCCGAUGCAGGACGCUCACGAUGCGUACGGGGCAAUGAAGUACCCGAUGCGGCCACACCAUCAAUCUCACCUUUCUAGUGGUCGCCCACCCGGCAUGGGUUUACACUCGCCUCAAGAGCCCUCGGCCGCCGCCCAGCGGUAUUCGCCCAUGGAGGUGUUGUCGCCAACUUCGCCGUACCAACAAAAGCCCGCGCAACAGAGUCAAUUUACGUCACCCCACGCAAGCCAGCGCCAGUCCCCUACGCGAAACGACUAUCCCUCGAGCCCUUACUAUAGCAGGCAGACCUCGCAACUUCCUCCCAUUACCCCAUACGCAGGUGGUCAAGACAGCUACCCUUCCUCAGCUGUUACGCCACUGGAUGGCGCCUUCGCUAAUGACUCCAAGUCUCCACGACGACCUCUGCAGCAGGCCAUGGUGCACGAGCAACGAUCGGUGCCGGAGUUCAAGAAGAUUAGAGCUAUGCCAGAUCUGCGACCCAAGGUCAACGCUCAGCCGCCAUUCCGACGCGCGAACCCCGAGGGAGGAUUUAUAAGUCCCUUGCAAGCUCUUACGGUUCACCUCCCUGCGACAUACCGCAUCUGCAAUCCAAGCUUCAAAUACGAAUCCUCGCGGAAUCCUCGCCGAGUUUUGACCAAGCCUAGCAAGGGCGUCAAGAACGAUGGAUAUGAUAACGAAGACAGUGAUUAUAUUCUAUAUGUAAACGACAUUUUGGGGUCGGAAGAAGCUGGUCACAAGAAUCGUUAUUUGAUUCUGGAUGUGCUCGGUCAGGGUACCUUUGGACAGGUUGUGAAGUGCCAGAACCUGAAAACUCAAGAGGUCGUGGCCGUCAAGGUGAUCAAGAAUAGGACAGCGUACUUCAAUCAGAGUAUGAUGGAAGUGUCGGUCCUGGAUUUGUUGAACACCAAGCUGGACAAAAACGAUGACCAUCACCUUCUCCGCCUCAAAGACACCUUCAUCCACCGGCAGCAUCUCUGUUUAGUUUUUGAACUGUUGAGCGUCAACCUCUACGAGCUCAUCAAGCAGAACCAGUUCCGCGGUCUCAGCACGACUUUGGUCAGAGUCUUCGCCCAACAGCUGCUUAAUGGCCUUGCCUUGUUGAACAAAGCGCGGCUUAUCCACUGCGAUUUGAAACCCGAGAACAUUCUGCUGAAGAACCUCGAGAGCCCGAUCAUCAAGAUUAUCGAUUUUGGCUCGGCUUGCGACGAGCGCCAGACUGUCUACACCUAUAUCCAGUCCAGGUUCUACAGGUCCCCCGAGGUGCUGCUUGGCCUUCCGUACUCAUCGGCAAUCGAUAUGUGGUCGCUGGGCUGUAUCGUAGUCGAGCUCUUCCUUGGAUUGCCGCUGUUCCCUGGUUCUUCCGAGUACAACCAAGUGUCCCGCAUCGUCGAGAUGCUAGGCAAUCCGCCGAACUGGAUGAUCGAAGUGGGCAAGCAGGCCGGCGACUUCUUCGAGAAGCGCCAGGACGAGUUCGGUCGUAAAACGUAUCAUCUCAAGAGCAUGGAGCAGUACUCGCGAGAGCGCGGAACGAAGGAACAACCUAGCAAGAAGUAUUUCCAGGCCAACACACUGCCCGAGAUCAUCAAAUCGUAUCCCAUGCCCCGAAAGAACAUGAAGCAAAGCGAGAUCGAUAGAGAGAUGAACAAUCGAAUCGCCUUCAUCGACUUUGUCCGGGGACUCCUGACGGUUAGCCCUUUGGAGCGAUGGUCUCCGCAACAGGCUAAACUUCAUCCAUUCAUUACCCAGCAGAAAUUCAACGGUCCUUUUGUACCGCCCAUGAACCUGAAAGCCAGCUCGCUUAACCGAUCGCCCGCCCCGGGAACCCAACAACAGCAGCAAGCCGCCGAACUUAGUAAGCAAAGGGCGCAAGCAGCGCAGGCACAAGCACAAGCGGCGGCCCAAGGAGCUGCGUAUGGGAUGCAGCAAGGCCCAGGCUACCCACAAUCUCCUCACGGACAGCCGCCAAUGUAUCCGAACAACAAUAUGUACUCCCCCGGCGGUGGCCAUGCUGGGGCACCACCUCCAUAUGGCGCACCACAGCAACAGCCCUAUGGGCAGAUGCCGAUGAACCAAGCACCAGCACAGAUGCCGCCUGCAAACUAUGCUGGUGCUCCGCAACAGAACCUUUACCAACAAGCGACAGUGCGAGCCGGCCGCCAACGGGCUUCGACGAUGGACCAACAACAGAACGGCAUUCCGGCAACAAUUCAGCGAGUUGCCAGCCAUCUGGACCCGAGCCAGCCCAUCCGACUUCAACCAAGCCCAGCUUACUACCCACCCCCAGCCGAUGGUAUGGGCAUGAAUGAUCCUGGAGCAGGUAGUAGGGUAGCUGGCAGGAGGGACAGCCGAUCCCAGCGUGGCUCUGCUAGGGGCAACAACCGCGAUUUCAUUCGUAAUUUGGAGGAGCGGACAUUAGAAGAAGGAUUCAUGGGCGGGCAGAGUCCGUGGCACUGA